CUCAAAAAAGAAAAAGAAAAAGAAAAGAAGUCACAAAAGAAACUAAAAACAGAAAUGCUUAGCUAUUGCUCCACAGUGACACCCCAAAUCCCGACUUCAGUGACCUCACCAAAUCCACAAACCCAUCUCAUCAAAAACUUCAACACCCCAUCUGAACUCAAACAAGCACACGCCUUCCUUAUCAAAACCAAUGCCCCUCUCUCCACUCUCCCUCUCACGCGCGUGGCCAUCGUUUGCGCCCUCACUCCCAGUUUCCCCUAUGCCCACAAAAUCCUUCACCUCUCACACGUCCCAGAAAUCGUUCCAUGGAACUCAUGUCUCAAAAUAUUCGCAGAACGCGCGUCCCCACUCGACGCCAUUACGCUCUUCAUUCGUUUGCGCCAAAUGGGUACCCUCCCAAACCCCUUCACUUGUUCCUUCGUUCUCAAGGCAUGUACCACUUUAUUCGAUGUUUCCACCGGUAGAAUAGUUCAUGGGUAUGUGGAGAAACUUGGGUUUCAGAAAAAUUUGAUUUUGCAAAACAUGGUUUUUCAUUUGUACGCAAUUUGUGGCGAAAUGAGGAAUGCGGAGCUACUGUUUGAUAAAAUGCCGCAGCGAGAUGUUGUCACUUGGAACAUAAUGAUGGGUCAGUUGAUAAAAAGGGGUGAUGUUGGUGGUGCUUAUGGUUUGUUUUCGUUGAUGCCAGAGAGGAAUGUGAGGUCUUGGACUUCAAUGAUUUCUGGGUUUGUUCAAUGUGGAAAGGCUAAGGAAGCUGUUGAAUUGUUCUUGGAGAUGGAGAGGGAAGGUUUGAAGCCUAAUGAAUUUACUGUAGCAGCUGUUCUUGCUGCUUGUGCUGAUUUGGGGGACUUGGAUUUUGGAAAAAGUGUUCAUCGGUUGGUGGAUCGAGAUGGGUUUGGAGGGGAUGUCCUUGUUUGUAACACUUUGAUUGAUAUGUAUGUGAAGUGUGGAUGCUUGGAGGAGGGUUUUAGAGUUUUUGAUGCCAUGCCAGAACGAACAGUUGUAUCGUGGUCGAGCUUGAUCAUGGGAUUUGCAAUGCAUGGACAUGGAGAGAAGGCUUUGGAAUUAUUUGGUGAGAUGAUUGGAUCGGGUGUGAGGCCUACUCAUGUGACUUUCAUUGGGAUCUUGCAUGCUUGUAGUCACAUGGGAUGGGUUGAAAAGGGUCAUGAGUUUUUCACAAUCAUGAGUAGAGACUAUGGAAUAGUGCCUAUUAUUGAGCAUUAUGGUUGUUUGGUUGAUAUGUUGAGUCGUGCAGGGUUCUUGAAAGAGGCUCAUGAGGUUAUUAUAAACAUGCCUAUGUCACCUAAUGGUGUUAUUUGGGGUGCACUGCUUGGUGGAUGCAGACUUCAUAAGAACACUGAAUUGGCAGAGGAAGCUAUGAAGCAUAUUUCCGAAUUGGAUCCACUUAAUGAUGGGUACUAUGUGGUUCUUUCAAAUGUUUAUGCAGAAGCUGGAAAAUGGGAAGAAGUGACAAGAAUAAGGAAGUUAAUGAAACAUAGAGGGGUGAAGAAAACACCUGGAUGCAGUUCAAUCACAAUAGAUGGAGUGGUUCAUGAGUUUGUAGCUGGGGAUGAGACUCAUCCUCAAGCUGAGGUGAUAUUUGAGAUGUGGGAAAAACUUCUUGUGAAGAUAAAGGCAAAAGGGUAUGUGCCAAAUACUUCAGUUGUUCUUCUUGAUGUUGAAGAUCAAGAGAAGGAGAAGUUCCUUUUUCGCCACAGUGAAAAAUUAGCCCUUGUAUAUGGCUUAAUGAACACUAAACCUGGAAUGCCAAUAAGGAUAAUAAAGAACCUUAGAGUAUGUGAGGAUUGUCAUGCUGCUUUUAAACUGCUUUCAGCCAUUGAAAAUCGAGAAAUUGUGGUGCGCGAUAGGAAUAGGUUUCAUUGUUUUAAAGAUGGUACUUGUACUUGCAAGGAUUAUUGGUAGCAAACCAAAAUGAGUUUGUUAUAUAUAGAUGU